UUGUUAUUGUGUGUGUGUUUCACUGUCUUUAUCCUUCUGUUGCAGUCUUAAUCCUGGUUGCUAAACCAAUGAGCAUUUGGGACCCGCGCGCAAUGACAGGAUAUUCAUUCUAUAAACUUUUUUUUUUUAAUAUGUCAAGCUUUUAAACACUUGGAAAAAAAAUAGCGGAGGAGGACAAUGUUCUGUUGUUGGUUGGUUUAAAGGCAGCGCGCCGUGACCCACUUGGCACUAAUAGAGGCCGGGGUUGUUCAUAUGCGACUCACAAUGCAGCUCCACUCGCAAAACUGUGCCACUAAGUUACAUGUGAAGUCCGGAAAUGUGGCCCGCAUGGUCUUUACAGAUUGCGCCAGUUGAUUACUGUAUAAGUAUUUUUUUUUUAGGAAGAUGUGCACACUUUUGCAACUCAAAUACCUAAAUUCCAGGGAUAAAAGAAAAAUCUUUAAUUUUAUUCAAAAUCCAGUGUGAGCAAAAUCAACAUUGUUAGUGUAUUUACAUAAUUUUAUAUAGUUGUUUUCCAUCCAUCCAUCCAUUUUCUUUGCCACUUAUCCUCACAAGGGUCGCGGGGAGUGGUGGAGCCUAUCCCAGCUGUCAAAGGGCAGGACGCGGGGGUACCCCCUGAACCAGUCGCCAGCCAAUCACAGGGCACAUCGACACAAACUGCCGCACUCACCAUCACACCUAGGGGCAAUUUAGAGCGUACAAUUAAUGUUUCAUUUUUUUGGGAUGUGACAGGAAACUGAAAGUGCCCAGAGAAAACCCACAUAGGAAUGGGGAGAACAUGCAAACUCCACACAGGCGGAUCCGGGAUCGAACCUGGGUUCUCAGAACUGUGAGGCCAACGCUUUACCAUCUGAUCCACCGUUCCGCCUGCUUGGCGGUGACCUGUGCUUCUCUACACCGCAUGAAGCUGAAAAGCAAAUCUCAGUUUUUACACCCAAAUCAACAUGAGCGGGACUGGCUGAACAGUACUCACUGAGUCCUCGGAUCCUGAUGCGGUCUCAGUGGCGGACGACCGCACGAGCUUACAAACAGCGGGAGUUCACUUGACAUGUCCGUGAUUGGGUCCCCGGCAGGAUGUCGAAAUGUGAGCUGAUCGAGCUGAAGGACCUCAGCGUCAGUGAUUCCAUUGAGCUGGCGGCGCCCGGGCCGCGGGCCGCCGGCCGCUUCCACGUCGUCCGUCUGGUCGGGGACGGCGUCAGAAUCGAGUUACCGUCCCCAGGAGUCGGCGCGGGGCACGACUUCCGGCCCUACGGUCACACUCACCUCACCUGGUGUGACUUGUGUGGAGAAUUCAUCUGGGGUCUUUAUAAGCAGGCCUUACGCUGCGCCAAUUGCAGCUACACUUGUCACCGCAGAUGCCGAGCGUUCAUCCAGCUGGACUGUAGCGCGGGAAGGAGUCCGCCGGCGGGGCAGGCGGAUUUCUCCAUCGAACCCGUCGAGACGGACACAAAUGUGGAUGAGCAGCCUGACUGGCGCAAACAGGAGUUAAGUGUUGGCGAAGUUCAUCAGAAGGUCAAGGAGUACAAUGCUCAGAUCAACAGCAAUCUCUACAUGGUGCUGAAUAAAGAUGGCUCCUACACUGGCUUCAUUAAAGUCCACUUUCAGCUAGCCCGUCCGAUCACCCUGCCGCCUCCUCAGAGCCCAACAGAGGAACACGAGGGCGGCCGGCGGCUGACGCGACGGACAUCGUUCUACCUCCCCAAAGAUGCUGCGAAGCACCUGCACAUAAGCUCCCAGACCCGGGUAAGAGAAGUCAUCGAGGCCUUGCUCAAUAAGUUCACGGUGGUGGACAACCCGGCCAAGUUUGCCCUGUUUGAGCGCACCGACCGACGGAACCAAGUGUCCAUGCGGAAACUGUGCGACGAUGAGCAUCCCCUCCGACUGCGAUUGUGCGCUGGACCAAGUGAAAAAGCCCUGACUCUGGUCCUCAAAGAGAAUGAGACCGGGGACGUGAAUUGGGAUGCAUUCAGUUUUCCCGAACUGUGCAACUUCCUGCGAAUUCUGCAGCGUGAGGAAGAGGAGCGCGUCCGGCAGAUCGAGAGGCGCUACGCUCGCACCAGGGAAAUGAUGACGCAGGCCAUGGCGAGGAUCAACGCUCCUGCUUGCCUUUUGGGAAAAUAAAGCAAUGAAAGGGAAAUUUAUCAGGGUUGGAAAUGUUUUCAUCAAGUUUAUGAGAAUGGCAGGGACAUUUAACAUUAAACAAUGUGAAUUAUUUCUUUGGCGCACGUGCCGGUGUGAGUAGUUUAAUUGAAUUUCAGUUUUUCCAGAGAAUUCUGCUGCUUUGUUUAGAUUAUUUAUAUUGAGUCUUAAAGCACAUUCAGUGUGUGUCGUUUACCUUCAGGUAGUUUUAGUUUAAAAUCUGAACAACACCCUUUAAAAUAUGACACUUUGG